CGCCACAGCAACAUCCUCAGAGUCUGAGCGAACUGCGCCCAACGCGGGCACAGAGCCUCCCACUGCCAGCAACCUGCAGGCCGGGAGAAGAGGGAGCGCGGUGACAGCGCCUCACUGCCACCAGUCCCUGGACCACCAUGGCCAAGAGCCACAAGGACAGAAACAGUUGGGAUGGGUUUUCAGAAAAGACAAAUGAAUGGAGCUCAGAAGAGGAGGAGCCAGUGAAAAAGGCAGGACCAGUCCAAGUCCUUGUUGUCAAAGAUCACCAUUCCUUUGAGUUAGAUGAAACAGCACUAAAUCGAAUCCUUCUCUCAGAGGCCGUCAGAGACAAGGAGGUUGUUGUUGUAUCUGUUGCUGGAGCAUUUAGAAAAGGAAAAUCAUUUCUAAUGGACUUCAUGUUGAGAUACAUGUACAAUCAGGAAUCAGUUGAUUGGGUUGGAGAUUACAAUGAACCAUUGACUGGUUUUUCAUGGAGAGGUGGGUCUGAACGAGAGACUACAGGAAUCCAGAUAUGGAGUGAAGUCUUCCUUAUCAAUAAACCUGAUGGUAAAAAGGUUGCAGUGCUAUUGAUGGAUACUCAGGGAACCUUUGAUAGUCAGUCAACUUUGAGAGAUUCGGCCACAGUAUUUGCCCUUAGCACAAUGAUCAGCUCAAUACAGGUAUAUAACUUAUCCCAAAAUGUCCAGGAGGAUGAUCUUCAGCAUCUUCAGCUUUUCACUGAAUAUGGCAGGCUGGCAAUGGAGGAAACAUUCCUGAAGCCAUUUCAGAGUCUGAUAUUUCUUGUUCGAGACUGGAGUUUCCCAUACGAAUUUUCAUAUGGAUCAGAUGGUGGCUCCAAAUUCUUGGAAAAACGCCUGAAGGUCUCAGGGAAUCAGCAUGAAGAACUACAGAAUGUUCGAAAACACAUCCAUUCCUGUUUCACAAAAAUUUCCUGUUUUCUGCUACCUCAUCCUGGCUUAAAAGUAGCUACCAAUCCAAACUUUGAUGGAAAACUGAAAGAAAUAGAUGACGAAUUCAUCAAAAACUUGAAAAUACUCAUUCCUUGGCUACUUAGUCCUGAGAGCCUAGAUAUUAAAGAGAUCAAUGGGAACAAAAUCACCUGCCGAGGUCUGGUGGAGUACUUCAAGGCUUAUAUAAAGAUUUAUCAAGGUGAAGAAUUACCACAUCCCAAAUCCAUGUUACAGGCCACAGCAGAAGCUAACAAUUUAGCGGCCGUGGCAAAUGCCAAGGAUACAUACAACAAAAAAAUGGAAGAGAUUUGUGGUGGUGACAAACCAUUUCUGGCCCCUAAUGACCUACAGACCAAACAUCUCGAGCUUAAGGAAGAAUCCGUGAAGCUGUUCCGAGGGGUGAAGAAGAUGGGUGGGGAGGAAUUUAGUCGGCGUUACCUGCAGCAAUUGGAGAGUGAAAUAGAUGAACUUUAUAUCCAGUAUAUCAAGCACAAUGAUAGCAAAAAUAUCUUCCAUGCAGCUCGUACUCCAGCCACACUGUUUGUUGUCAUCUUUAUUACAUACGUAAUUGCUGGUGUGACUGGAUUCAUUGGUUUGGACAUCAUAGCUAGCCUAUGCAAUAUGAUAAUGGGACUGACCCUUAUCACCCUGUGUACCUGGGCAUACAUCCGUUACUCUGGAGAAUACCGAGAGCUCGGAGCUGUAAUAGACCAGGUGGCUGCAGCCUUGUGGGACCAGGCUUUAUACAAGCUUUACAAUGCAGCAGCAACCCACAGACAUCUAUAUCAUCAAGCUUUUCCUGCACCAAAGUCAGAAUCUACUGAACAAUCAGAAAAGAAGACAAUUUAAUUCAAAAUUUAAAAAAAUACAGGUGCAUGACCAAUAGUCAGUUACAUGUCUCCAUGUAAACAUUCACAGUGCUUCCAUCAGAACAGAGUAAAAUACCAAACACCUCUGAAGACUGCAAAAUGGUUUAGUUCUUUUAUUUCAGUGUUUAAUAGCAGAUGUAUGUAUGCAUGAUUAUUAUCAUUUUGUUAACAUGUACAGUUUCCUGAUUUUGUCUUCAAAUAUGCUGUUAUAAUUUAGUUAUUUGUCUAUUUAUGAUGAUAGUACAUGUGUUCUGCUUGAAUUUACUAAAUUCUACUACUGGGUUAUAAAUUAAACCAUGUAGUAAUAUUACUCCAUGUUUGGAUAUGCUCAUUUAAUUUCUACAGAAGAAUUUUUUAAUUAUUUCAGUCAUUUGUUAAAGCAUAGCAUCAAAAGUCAAUAGGCUUUAUUCAAACUAUAUCAUCUUACAUAUACCAUAAGCUCUUAUUUUUAAAGACAUUUAAGAGAGCUUUUCAGUUGCUUUAUCAAAAACUAUGUAUUACUUCUUUUAUAUUAUGAUUUAAUAUAGAAUAUAAACUUCUUGAUCAAAAAUGCACAAAAAAAUCAUUUUGUAUGUAUUUGAGUUUCUGCAUUGUAUAUUUUUUCAUUUGGUACACAAAGAAAUGUAUUCAUCAUAGGUUUAUUCUUUUAAUAUGUGAACUAUUAAAGUUUACUCUGGUUCCUAAGAUUAAAAACAAAUGCUUACUGACUUU